AUGUACAUCGCCCUCUACUACAUAGUCACCCGGCUCCCUAACUCCCUUCGCUUAGUCAGGGACCACUUCCUCUCAGUUUGCCCCACCACACUCACAGUUGUCGUCCUCGAGGAGCACCUCCUAGCAGCAGAGAAGAGCAUAGUCGCUGCAGGAGCCUCUCGUGGUGACCCUCGCACCCCCGUCUUUGAGGGGUGUUCCCCCUCCCCCCUCUUGCCCUCUGUUGCUUCUACUGCUGCGGCCGACCUUGUUGGUUUCGAGUCGGUCGGCGCUGCGUCUGCCCUUAGCGAGAGACGCCGCACCGGCAAGGGCAAGGGGGGCAAGGGCGCUGGAGGGGCUGGCGGGGGUGGUGGAGGUGGUGGUGGAGGCAGUGGAGGGGGUGGGGGUGGUGGUGGGAGUGGUGGCGGGGGUGGAGGUGUCGGUGGCAGCACUGGAGGCGGUGGAGGCGGCGGCGGUGGCGGAGGGAGCGGAGGCGGCGGAGGUGGCGGAGGCGACAGAGGUGGCGGAGGCGACGUCGACAGCAGUGGAGCUAGUUGCGGCUCUGUGCAGAGGAGUGGCUCCGGUGGUGGUCAGCGCCAGGCUGGGAUUGCUAUCUUUGAUCUUGAUUAUGAUGCUAUUCUUGCUGCCAUGUAUGCUGUGUCUACUAGUGAUGAGGGUGACUGUUACCUGUGUGUUUCGCCUGACCCGGGCAUCGAGGCUGCUGCUCUAGGUGCUGGUGAGGCUGCUGCUCUAGGUGCUAGUGCGUCUGCUGCCCCAGGUGCUGCUGCUGCUGUCGACCUCCUUGGUGCUGAGAAGGUCGCAGCUGCUUCCGCUCCUAGUGGGAAGCGCAACGGCUCCAGGGGAGGCAAGAGUGGCAGGGGUGGCGGACGUGGCAGUGGAGGGGGCGGUGGUGGAGGUGGCGGGGGAGGUGGAGGUGGUGGGGGUGGUCGUGGGGGUGAAGGUGGUGGUGGGGACGGUAGUGGUGCCGGGAGUAGUGGCGGUGGCGGCGGCGGUGGUGGCAGAGCGGGGAGUGGUGGUGGCAGUGGUGGUGGGGGCUUGGGUGACACCAGUGGUGGCCAGGGGCAGCAACAGCUGUAG